AUGUCAAAAGAAUGUGUAGAUGAAGUAGUAGCCAUGCUCCUGAAGUUUGCUAUCCAGCCCACAACUGGGGUGCAGCCGCACCAGUUGCAUCAAGCGACGGUCGAGAACGGGAAGCGAAGUAUAGGCCUAAUGAAGCAGUGCCUCAAGUCCGCUGUUUGGGGAGAUAUUGUGACUAUCAAAGUCGGAUGGCUUGAGAAAGAGCUAACGGUACCACCAGAGUCCUUGGUACGGCAGGAAAAUCAGGCACAGUUCGCCCAAUCAAUAUCGCAGUCUCAGCAAGCGCUCGAAGUGGUGAUCAACUUGGUAACAAUCAUGGUAAGUGGUGUUACUGAACUGAAAGGGGUGUGGGCCGACUAUGCGUGGCCGGUCAAAUAA